AUAUGCCUAGCGCGCGCAUAUGAAAAUAAAUUUUCCUAGAAAAUCAAUACCUUGCUUCAAAAUAAGGAAUAAAAGAGAAUUCCCCAUGUGUGGUACCGAAAUAAUCAAUAUUUUGUAUAUAACACAGUCAAAAAUUAAAAGAUGAUUGCCAAAUAGCUACAAUAUGCCGAAAACUAUCCGUUUCACAACGAUUUUUGCAACAAGUGAAGAUCCUAAAUAUAAAUAUUCUGAGUUAAAUACCCACGGCCCCAUAGUAAAAGGAUGGCAGUCGGAGAAAGAUUGCAAGUACCCACAAGAGAUCGUUUUAAAGUUAGAAACAAGAUGUAUCCUGAACAAGAUUCAAAUUUUAGCUCACCAGUUUAUGAUUUCUACCAAAGUUGAAUUAUUUCUUAGUAAUGAAGAUACCAACUUAGCAGAAGAUGUAGGGAAUAUAAAAUGGGAGUAUUUAGGGUAUAUUACAUUGUCCACGAACGAAACAACAGAAUUUAAAAGUAGAGAGUUAAAAUCUGCUAGUAUUCCUAAGAAAGAAGUGACUUUCAUUAAAAUUAAUUUGAAUAACAAUCAUUUUAAUGCUUUAAAUAAACAUAACCAGGUUAGCCUUAUAGCAGUUAAUAUUCUUGGUACUGAUAUAAAAUUCAGACGUCCCUCUAAUCCCGAAGACGAGGAUGCCAAAUUAUUUGAUAUAUUAAACGACCCUGAGUAUUAUUCCCCUUACGAUGACUUGGCUUUUUUGAUGUACGUUGACGUAGAUGUUGCCAAAAUCGUUAAGGAAAUGGAAAUUAAGAAACACUUGGCUGUGAUAAAUGAAAGAUUUGAGUAUGCUAGGAAAUUAAAAAAUGCUAUGACCAAAUUAAGAGUAGCAGGUGAGAAAUUAGCAAAAUAUGAAUUAGAAAAACGGUAUGCGAUUGAGGUCGAAGACUAUGAAAAAGCCAGACACAAGAAAAACCAAAUGGAACUGUUUAGGAAUGAAACAUUUGUAGAACUGAAUAUAGAACAAUUAAUGGAAUAUAAUGGGGUAUGCUCAAAAAACGACGACUGCCAAGACGAAGCCGACAGUCACAACAAAAACUUACUUUCGCCAGUACUGACGAAGGGCCAUUCUGACAGGAGAUCCGUCUCGCCUAGUCAUCAUCACAACAGCCAGGUAUCCCCGCUGCAUAUGACUAAGCAUCAGAGUCCAAAAACCGGUUCCCCCAGUACGGGUAGCCCUACAAACGUCCAGAGUAGGGGAGGAUCCUUUAGGCGGAGAAAUAAGUCGGCUGGGGCUAUUGUUAAGUCUACGUAUGAGAUGUAUGAAGAAAAACCGUUGCCGGCUUUAAGGCACUCCCAAACCAACGAAUUUCUUAGAGAAUGCCAGUUAGAACCCGACCACAAAACAACAUCAAAACUCACAGAGAGGGAGAAGAAACAAGCCGCAUUGCCAAUCCUCGUAUUUGGUAAUGAUCUAGUGGAAAGAUUUUACUCCAAGCACUACUGCGACAAAGAAGACGGCUUGAAUAGUUUGAAGGACGAGCUGUCCACCUACGACAAUAGUAAGAUCCACGUUCCGAACAAGAUAGCCAGAGCUGCGAUAUUUUUGCUGCACAGAUCGUUGAGGGACAAAGUUUUCUCGGUGUACAAUUUGGCUAAUGAGGUCAUUCGGUUGUUUUUUGUACAUUUCGUCCCAGGAAGAGUUAGUCAAACAGAAGUUGCUAGAAGCGUGGACAAACUGCUACCAGAACUAUUAACCAAAUCUGGAGACACAAGUCAACGCAUUAAUCAAAUGGCUGUCCAUACCAUUUUAACAAUGGCGGACUGCAAAAGUGUGAGGGACCUUCAUAUUAUCCCGGUUCAUUUAAGUAGACCAGUGAAUAGUAGCACUCAUCCUAGACUAGCUUUGAGUAGGGCAGAAAUGGUAGAACAGCUUAUUAUUAAUCAUGGAAUUUCUACAGAGAAACAAAGCGGAUUAACUUGUAGAACUCUGGCCGAAUUCGGUCUCAGCGGAUUACAUCAUCCCGCGGAGGCCGUCAGAAAAGUCUCAGAAAGAAUUUUGGUUUUAGUUUACAGAGUAAACCCUCGUUUAGUUAGAAAACAGUUACCCCCUGAUGAUGAUAUUACAAGAAGGAAUCUGCUCUACAGACAGUUGUUCCACGAGUUCGACAAGAUUGACCUAGAAAGAAAAAAAGAAACCUUGGAGAAGAACAGACUUCUCCAACAAACCCAACUGCCCAACACGGACUGCCUAAGUCCGGAGCCGAUAGCCCAGCAAAACGGCAAACACGAGCUCAGCAAAUGCUUGAGCGCCAACAAUAUCAAAUCUAUCACCAACGGGGGCUUCCCGGCGGACAACAAUUCUAAAAGUUUUGCGUUGUCGAAGAGUCAAAGUGGCACAAAUGUACAUACCAUCGAGAACAACGGUUGUAACGAACAGAGUUCUAGUUCGGCUAGCGGGAUAUCGUCACCUAGUAACACUUCUCAAAAGGAUGAAGAUGAAAAACAAUGCAUCUUCUGUAAACAAUCCGAAACGUCAAUAUUUUUAAUAAACAACUCUAUGAACUCCCAUUACUGGAGAUCGUGUCCAAUGUUGAUCCGUUGCAAGGAAUGCAACCAGGUAGUGGAAGUUUCUACUUUGACGGAACAUUUACUUAUGGAAUGCGACCAGAGGGAGAGUUACUCACAGUGCGCUCAUUGCUCAGAGGCUGUCAUUAUCGAGAAGUACCAGGAACAUAAGACGGAAUGUAGAGAGUUAGCAGAGAGCUGUAACCGUUGCCCUCUAUGCCACGACAACUUCGAAAUGGAGGAGAACUCCUGGAGCAAUCAUCUGAUGGGAGAAAAACCUUGCCUGAAGAAUCCCAGAAUCAAAACGAAGUUGUCAAAGCACGUAAAAAUACAAGCUUAGUGUCAGACACUACGCCCAAAAGGGCACACGAAAAGAGAAGACGAAUCGUUUACAUACAUUCACCUCACGUGCUGCUUUAAGUGUGAUACAAAAUUAAAAGUUUCGACGUUUCGGUUCACGUAAAUUUGUGAUUUUCAGAGUCCAGUUGUAAUCAUUAUUCAUUAAAAUAUUUCGAAAGUUUCAUCGUACUUGAAUAGAAAUUUUGUCCAGUUUUGAGAUUCUACAACCGUUUACAAUUUCAGAAAUUAGUAACAGGUAUUAAAUCCAACAGAAAACAGGAAAAGAAUUCACAGAGUCAUAAUUUUACCAAAAAUCCCGGUACAGUUUGUCAAAAUUUGAAAUGACUUCAAUGAAAAUAUUUUAAUAGACUUGUCCUCUUGAUGUAAGCUUGAAGAAACUUUGACAUGCAAACUACGUUAAAAAUCACGUAAUCGAGUCCCGGAGUUCAUCCAUCUCUUUCUCUCCAAAUACUUUCUCCGUCUGCCUCUGCGCCGACGGGAAAAUUUUAGAAAGUUCACGAUCUUCAGAAAGAUCCACUACGAUCAAGAUCAGAGUCCUUCUUCAUACAGCCCUCCGCUAGUUUAUCCAUUCUUCCUACCAUUUUGUGAUGGUUUCUGGUCUUUAUUCUGUCUUCUCUUGAUUACUUUUGCCGUGUGUUUUGACUCCCUCUUUCACCUGCAGGUUUAUUGGUGGUACCCGGGCUAUAACUUGUCGGGCUACCCUUAGAGUCAUUCUAUAGGCACAUACGAUCCUUAAAAUGGUUUUUCUUUGGCCCUUCUGUAAAAUUUGUGUAUAUAGACAAGGCGAAAACGGCGGGUUCGUUGGCAAAAAUAUUCCCAUAAGAUUUUUUUGCAUAAUCACAUUCGUGAGACACCCCAGAAUAAGGUUCAAGAAGUCGCCCACGCGAAAAGUGGUCCAAAUUUUUUUAAAGAAUUUUUUUAAACAAAUUGCAGAAAUCAAUGUUUUUGGCCCGGACAAUUUUUUUGGACCAUUCUGGAAAAAAGGUCUUUUGUAAUUGUUCUCUAGAGUUGAUCGUUUUCGAGUUAUAUGCAAUUUAAAAUUUGAAAAACGCGAAAAUGGCCAUUUUUUAGACUUAAUAACUCAGUUAAAAAUUAUUAUUAUGAAAGUCAGAAAGUGACUAAAUUAAAGUUUAAAGUCCCCCUACAUGAUCCUGAAGAAAUUUGUGUCAUUAAAUUAUUACUAAGCUGUUAUUUUUAGUUAUUAACAAUGAGCGGUAAGAUCGUAUUGCCGCGGCUGUAAAUGUGAGUGCGAGUAAGAUGCACCAUUGACUGUCGCAAUGGCAUCUCUCUCGCACUCACCAUUGACGGCCGCCUAAUACGUGCAUGGUGCUCAUUAUUAUUACUUAAUAAAAAUAUCAGCUUAGUAAUAAAAUAAUGACAAAUAUUCCUUUAGGAUCUCGUAGGUGGAGGGCUUUACAUUUUGAUUUAGUCACUUUCUGACUUUCAUAAUAAUAAUUUUAACCGAGUUAUUAAGCCUUGAAAAUGGCCAUUUUCAUUUUUUUCAAUUUCAAAUUGCUUAUAACUCGAAAACGAUCUUUAACGAAAAAUUUUAAGAGACCUUUUUUAUCCAGAAUGGUGCAAAAAACCUAAAAAAAAUCUGUUCUGUCCGAAAAUAUUGAUUUUUGCAAUUAGAUUAAAAAAAUUGUUAAAAAAAUUUGGACCACUUUUCACGUGGGCGACUUUUUGAACCUUAUUCUGGGAUGUCUCACGAAUGUGAUUAUGCAAAAAAAUCUCAUGGGAAUAUUUUUUCCAACGAACCCGCCGUUUUCUCCUUGUCUAAUACUCCACUUCCAGUAGGUACAUCUCAUUCAGCCGUUUGCCUAUUCAUUGUCGUCACCGCCAGCGUGACAUUUAUAUGGUCGAGCUUCAGACCAAUACGGUAGUUUUAAAACGCUCUACAAUCAGUUUUGAACCGGUUUAAAACAUUAUAAGUAAGAACAUCUGAUUUUUAAUGCGCACGAGUGCGAAACUUUAGUUUUGUAGAUCAAAUACUUGUGCACUAACUCAUUCUUUGAUGAUGGUUGGAAAUUAUAACAGUGAAUUCUUUUCUGCUGGAAGUGCACUAGUUGUUAAGUAGUUUGACACAUUUAAACAUUCCGUAAUAUCAUUAGAUUCUAAAAUGCAACCCAUUCCACUCAUAGAGAUAUUUCGUCCACAUAUUUAAUGCAAUUGUAACGCUCAAAUCGAUUUAUUUGAGAUUAUUGUUAAUGUUAUAUUAUACAGGGUCUAAAAUGUUGUCUUUUGCAGCUAUUCUCGAUUAACUGUUGGUAAAUAUGUUGUUUGAGUUAUUUCACAAUGUGAUUGUUUAGUUUAGUGUUAAUAUUAGUUUUCUGAAUAAAUUUCAAAAUAAAAUCUAACCUAACUUAACCUUAAAAAUACGUUGUUAUUUAUAUAAGAAUUUUGACUAUAUUCAACUGACAAAGCUCUACUCCAGACUUUAUCAAUACAUAAUUACAAUCUGAAUCUCUUAAUGGAUCAAUUGUGGAGUAUAGCUCGACAUUGAUUCAUUAUUUCUAAAAUUAGCUCAUUGUUUAAUCUCAAAUAUUCAUCAUUCAUAUCCGCAUUAAACAGUAUAUAUUUAUCACCCCGCAUAUCCCAUGAACGCAAUUUGUUAUUAUAUUUACACAGUGCGGGCUACUAAUUUCGUUAACUAAUUGCAAAUCGUAAACAAUAAUUCGGGCAAUUGCAUAUUAAGUUUUCUGACUAAAUAAAAUCCUUUGUCAAACGCGUGGGUUGACCCAAUUCAUCUUGCCGCUAAUAAAGAGUAUACAUUAGAAUCAUUCUUACGAGUCAAUCCAACGAGUCAAGAUGUGCUUUUAAAUACAUUCAGUCGAGUCAAUUCGAACAGUAAAGAUGUGCCUUUAGAAUUCCUUCGAUUCACUUCAAACAAUCAACAUGUAGUCUCAAAUGAUUAUCAAUUCAAUCAUCAAACGAAUCGGCCAGUAAAGCAGUGUCACUAAGUAGACAUUUAAGGUCUACCGGGUAGAGAGUGUAGUUAGAGAAAUAAAGUACCAUCUUUAAUUUGGUGUUUCACUAAGAGCGACAGAUCCUAGAGCUGAGUCGGAGAUCAUACAUGGUCCUUCGAGCCGGAUGAAGCAUACCUUUUCCCUAACUGAACUUUGUCUUGAUUUAAAUUCUGAUUCAGAUUUAAUUUUGAUAUUAUUACAUGAGGUGUUGCAGUUUGAGGAUUAAUGAGUUGUUCAAAGACUAUUGUCUUCACAUCACACAUAACAUUAAAUUAUUGUUAUGUUAUAAAUAUCUUAUCAUCAUUUUAUUGUGGCUGCUUUACUGUCGUCUUGUUUGGAGCUAGUUUUUUCGCCGGGCAAUAUGUUUAAUCUCAAACAUUCAAUUUUCAUAUUCGAUAUUAAACAAUAUUUUAUCACCCCGUAUAUCACAUGAACGCAAUUUGUUAUUGUAUAAUUACAUGUGCGGGUUUCUAAUUUAGUUCACUUAUUGCAAGUCGUAAACAAUAUUUUUGGGCAAUUGCAUAUUAAUUUGAUGACUAAAUAAAAACCUUUGUUUAAUAGUCGCGUGGGCUAUGACCCAAUUCAUCUUGUCGCAAAAAAGAGUGUACAUUAGAAUCAUUCUUUCGACUCAAUUCAACCAGUCAAGAUGUGCUUUUAAAUGCAUUCUCUCGAGUCAAUUCGAACAGUAAAGCCUGUAACAUUUCUUCGAUUCACUUCAAACAAUCAACAUGUAGCAUCAUCAAUUAUUAUCAGUUCAACCGUCAAACGAAUCGGGCAGUAAAGCAGCGUCAUUAAGUAGACAUUUAAGGUCUCCGGGGUUUAGAGCUGAACCGAUUUUCUACACUCAUGUUUAAAAAUUUUCGUCCUAAAAAAUUAGUUUAAAAGUGUUUUUAAAUUGGCUCAACUGGUUUUUAACUAGGAUUUGUGACUGCUGGAAAAACAUCGGUUUUCGGUUAUACCUGUCUUUUUACUUACGGUUUAACCUGGCGGUUAUAACUGGUAAAAUACCGGUAAUUCCAAAAACAGGUGCUCGAUUUUUUUAAAUCAAUAGCCAAUUGGCUCCGUGCGUCUCCCCUCUACGUACAGUCACGUGAUACGCUGUCAGAUUUUGUAAGGACGUUUUAACAUUGAGUCUUAUGGGAUUAUUUUGUUAAACUUGAAUAUUUUAUUUUGUAGUGAUAAUAACCGAAUACAAUUGUUAGAAUUCAUUAGUUAUUAAUUUAUACUGUAAUUUAUAGUGCAACAAAAUAUUUUCUUUUUCGUUAAUAAAUAUUUAUUGACAUAAACUGCGAUAGUGAGGUUAUGCAUACAAAAUCAAACUGAUAAUCAAUAUUGGAAAGUGAAGAAUUUAUAGUGCGUUUUUAUUUUCUGUUUGUAUUAAUACAUAAUAUCACUAGAGUGACACGACAUUUUUUUAAAUGUCUCAUUUAAACAUACACAAAGCGUCCUUAUAAAAUUUCAAAAAACCGCCACCAUGAGCAGGUCGGUCGAUUUUGCUUUGACACUUUGUUAACGCUGGGAGCGAAUACCCAAUAAUAGGUGUUACAUGUUACAUUUACAUUGCACUUUAGUUUGUGAUACUCUAUUCGAAUCGAUAUAAAUAUUAUCGAUAUCGAUACUAUCGAAAUAAUAUAUCGAUACCGAAGUAAUCAAUCGAUAUAAAAACGGUGUUGGCGUGUAUUGGGUACUGUGGUGGAAAGGGGAAUUGGUAUUUGGAACUAGCCAUUGGGAUCGAACAUAGAAAUCAGUCGUCAGGUCAGUGUUGUCAAAUCGCUUUCGGUUUCAGUCAGCUUAAGAUUUCUCCUUUGUCCGCACGGGUGCAAAAAAUUUCCUCAUUUUUCUGAAGUGAUUAUUUUUUUCAGAGGUAAAUUAUUCGGUUUUUCACCAGUUAUUACCUUUAAAAGAAAAAACCGGUUAUAACCGGGACAAAAAUCUGGAAAAACCGAUUAUUGCAGAGUGAAAAACCGGUCUUAGGUUAUAACAGGAAAGUUUGUUCCAUCCAUACCAUCGGAGCAACUUAACCCUUUAAUUAAUUUAAAAAUACACUGCGCGUCAAAGAAAACCAGUCAUCCACAAAAUGAGUCAUUUUUGAUGUCUCGAAUUUCCUAAACCUCUUGUCCGAUUUAAGUGAUUUUUUUAAUAUCUUAUAGCCUUAUUCUUUAACAAUAUUCAUGUAAUAAUAUUGUCGCUAGACAAGUAAAUUUUCAUUGUAUACCGCGUGUACCAAUCAAAAUGUGAUUUUUUUUAAAGUUCAGCACAUCCUGUGGAAUAUUAUAGCAUAUAUAAAAUACUGAAAUUAAAACCCAACUAUAGCCUCAGGUUUUCUUAACAUUCUAUUUUUUGAUUCAUUCUCUUGUGUUGGAUAAUAGAAAAAGUUAGGUACUUUAACAACUAGUCAUGCUAUUUAUCAAUACAGAGUGUUUCUAAAUAAGUGCGACAAACUUUUAGGGGUAAUUCUCCAUGAAAAAAUAACGACCGUUUGCUUUAUAAACAUAUAUUCGCAAAUGCUUUGUCACAGUAUAAAGAGGGACAGUAGAACCACUCUCCGAAAAAUUGGAAGUAAAAUCUGUAGUCAGGCAUGGCGACCGCGCAAUGUUAGCAGUCGCUUUUGUCCCACUCUCGCAUUGCUAUUCGCAUAGAAACGUACGGCUUUUAACAGGGAAAACCCGCAUCCACCACUGGUGAAUUACCAAUUGCGUACUGCCGGUGUUACUUCCUGAGAUCAAAACGCCGACAGAAGAGUGAUUUUACUGUGGAACCUCUAUAUACUGUGGCUUCGUUUCCGAGAUACGGGAUGUUGAAUUUUUUUCUUACAAACUAACGAUUUAUAUAUUGCUCUAAACCGGUUGAGAUGUGCAAAUGAAAUUUGGUACAUUUUAAAAGGUAGUUAUUGCGUAUUUUCAACGAAAUCUUUUCGUUUAUAAAUUUGCAAAAGUCUGUGUGUUAUUGCGUUGCCGCUCCUGAAAUACUUAGAGCAGAUGUAUCGAUGGAGUCUUAUGUAGUUUUGUCUUCUGAAUCCAAAUCUGAAAACGGCAUUUCGAUAUCUCUAACCAUCUUCGAGAUAAUCGACCUCAAAAUCUAAAAUGUGACGUCACAACCCGGUUAUUUCCUACCACGCACUAAACGUCAGCUGAAAUCUUUGAUUAGGAAGUAGGCAAAUGUUAUUAUUUACCAUAGAGUUAAAUUUGAGUUUGACACUUCGUGAAUGUCAAACUAACUUUUAAAUUAUUUAGCUAUUAAUAAAAUAUAAAUGACAUUUUAUAGUGAAUUUAAUUAUUAUAUAAAAUAAUAAAUGUAUAAAAAUAAAUUUAUUAUAAAUUAAUAAAUGAAAAAUAGUUUCUGUCCUUGUGGGAUUGGUACUCACCGGAGGGACCGCAGACGUUCGGAAACAAUUAGCGUCUCUUUGCAAAGACAAUGACAUCGACUUUGCAAAGUAACAAGACACUUACUCAACACACACACUACACAUUACUCCCCUGACUUAGUGAUAAGUUAUACAAUUACGUGGCUAAAGGUUCUAGUUCUAAACCAAAGCCAGAAUCAGAGAAAAAAAAUGUAUAAAAAUACAAUUUGAGUAUAUUUUGAAAGCAAUAAAUACAUAUUAUACUAUAUUAAUAAUGAAUCAGUAGAAACGAUUAUAUUUAAAUUUGGUAAAUUAUAACUCCACUCGACCAGCGCACGACCACACAACUCGAAACACAAGUACGCAAAUACGGUUGCGUGAAGCGUGGCGCAAAGCCGUGGAAUUUACGAGACUCGCUCGGUCUGUAGAUCCAAGUAAAGUUCAUCAGUAAAAAGUAUCUUUAUCAUGUAUGUAGGUAUUAUUUAUUUCACAAUAUUGGAAAAUUGUUAUUUAAAAUGUGGUUUGGAAUAAAAAAGUAUGUUCUGAUAUAUGAAAUUACAUCCUUUUAAUGGAAAAAAAUAUUUGACGAAUUUUCUCAAAUUAUGGAUACCAACAUCAUUUUCAUUUAUAACUCUUGUAUUUUUAAUUUGACGAAGAAAAGUUAUUCUUCAUAAAAAUCUCUUCUUGGUCUAAGAUUUAUGAUGCAACCAUCAUGAAUCAAAUUUUAUUAAUUUUAUACGAGGUAUGUAAAAAAAUAUGAAUUUCGAGUAAAGUAUCUUUAUAGUUCACAACAUGUAAAUUAGAAUGAUAUACUUGCACAUUAAAACAUAAUUUUUAAUUAUAAACAGCUUUCCGUAAUAGCAAUUUUCUAUAUUAUGAAUUUAAAUACGUAUAUAAACCAAGUUUUCGUUAUUAUAAUGCUCGCAUUUUCAGCUUGUUUGACAUUCAAUUAAGAAUUUUAUAUUCAUCCUUGGGGUGCAUACGGGUAAUAUGAGCCUUAUGUGCACCAUAUAUGAAUAUCUUCUUCUUAAGGUGCCUAUUCGUUCCGGAUGUUGGCGAUCAGCAUGGCUAUCCUAACUUUACUUGCUGCUAUUCUGAACAGUCCGGUUGUCGAUGUAUUAAAGGUUUUGAAGCCAAGAUAUUCUACUUCUCCCUGGUCCUCUCUUUCCAAAUACCUUGCCUUGAAGAAUGAGUUGCAACAAGCCAUAUCUCUGUUCAUUCCUCAUAUCAUGACCAAGAUAUUCUAGUUUGCGCUUUUUGAUUGUGUUAAUAAUCUCGCAUUCCUUGUCUAUUCUACGUAGAACCUUAACAUUAGUCACACGAUCCACCCACGAAAUUCUCAAAAUGCGCCUGUAACACCACAUCUCGAAUGCCUCGAGUUUUCUUAAAGAAGCCUCGGAACGUGUCCAGGCCUCUAUCCGUAUAAUAACAUAGAAAAUACAUAGCAUCUUCAUCAUUAUGAACGCUGAUCUCGCUUUUCCUAUGCGUUGUUUUAUUUCACUUGCGUGGUCCCACUGGCUGUUUAUGUUGGUACCAAGGUAUGUGUAGCUGUCGACCCUGUCAAUUAGUUGUUGGUUAACCAAAAGCUGUGUAUUUAAAAUUUCGCGCUUACUGACUACCAUGUACUUUUUUUUUCGUAUUGAGAUCAAGUCAUGAUGAAUAUAAAAUUCUUAAUUAUUCUUCUUCUACGGCACUACAGCCCAAAUUGAGCCUUGGCCUCCUUUAUUUUUUGCCUCCACCCUUGCCUGUCUGUGGCUGCUCUUCUCCAUACACGGACUCCUAAAAGGGCUUGUGCGUCGCUGUUUACUGUGUCUUCCCAGCGCUUUCGUGGCUUCCCAACCGGUCUCUUUCCUUGCAUUCUAGCAUUCAGUGCUCGUUUUGGUAGCCUAUCCUCUCCCAUUCUUAUCACAUGUCCGGCCCAUUGCAAUCUUUGUAAUCUAAUGAAGUCUGACAGGGGCGUUUCCUUAUAAAGUUGAUAAAGCUCGUUGUUGUAUCGACUUCUGAAGAUUCCGUUUUCCCUCACAGGUCCUAGUAUUCUCCUAAGUACUUUCCUUUCGAAUGUGUCGAGUUUGUUUUUGGAUGUUUCUUUCAGCACCCAGACUUCACUGCCAUAGCAUGUUAUUGGUCGAAUUAAGGUUUUAUAGAUUCUCAUCUUUGUAUUUCGGUGGACACUUUUUGACCGAAAUAUAUGGGAGAGGGCAAAAUAAGCUCUGUUUGCCUGCGUUAUUCUCUUCCUUAUUUCUCCAUCUUCUGAUCCGUCGGCAUAUAUUUCUACUCCCAGGUAUGUAAACUUUUCAACCGUUUCAAUGUCAUCUUCAUGUAUAAUGUUUUCUGGGACUAUAUUUCUUCUCGUCUGAGUCAUUAUUUUUGUUUUUUCUGUGUUAAUUUCCAGACCUAGCAUUUUUGUUUGUGUUUUUAACUCUGCAUAUGUUUCCUGUGCUCCUGUUGAUGUUCUACUCAUAAUAUUAAUAUCAUCAGCAUAAGCGGCCAGUUGAACCGUUCGGUUGGUCAGUAGAUUUCCUCGUCCAGUUUGCAUUUGCCUAACCGCAUACUCCAGUGCCAGGUUAAACAAUGUUGGGGCCAGCCCAUCUCCCUGUUUUAGUCCCUGCGAAAUGUUAAAAAAGUCUGUCCGGUGGUUUUGUAUUCGUACACAUGCCUGAGUUUCAUACAUUGUGGCUUUAAUGAGUCUUAUUAACUUGUGUGGUAUUGCCAAUUCAGCCAAUAUAUAGUAUAGUUUGUUCCUUUUGACUGAGUCGUAUGCCUGUUUGAAGUCUACAAACACGUUGUGAACAUCAAUAUCGUGUUCCCAUGCUUUGCUCAAGAUCUGUUUUACUGUGAAUAUUUGAUCCAGUGUCGAUCUUCCCCGUCGGAAGCCCGUCUGAUACUCUCCAAUAAUAUUUUCUGCUAGUGGUUGGAGCCGCUGGUUUAUAAUAUACGUGAGGACUUUAUAUGCUGUACAUAGUAGAGAGAUUCCACGGUAGUUUUUGCACUGGAGUUUGUCUCCUUGUUUAUAGAUCGGGCAUACUAUACUUUUCUUCCAGUCGUCGGGUAUUUUCUCUUCUUGCCAUACGUCUCUGAUGAGCGCGUGGAUGUGACUUGCUAGGUGGUCGCCACCUACCUUAUAUAGUUCUGCUGGUAUUUCAUCAACUCCCGGAGCUUUAUUGUUUUUCUGGGCCUUAAUGGCUUCGAAAACUUCCUCUAUGGUUGGAGCUUCUACUCCAUUCUCUUCUACGUAGAUCUUAAUUCUUAAUUGUAUGUCAAAAAAUAACUACCUCUUAAAACCUACUAAAUUUCAUUUGCAUAUCUUAACAGGUUUUAAAGCAAUAAAUAUAUCGUUAGUUUGUAAGAAAAAAAUUAUCAUCUCGUAUCUCGGAAACGAAACAUUUGCGGAUAUAUGUUUAUAAAGCAAACGGUCAUUAUUUUUUCAUGCAGAAUUACCCCUAAAAGUUUGUCGCACCUAUUUAGAAACACCCUGUACUGAUAGCGAACACAGCCAGUUGUUAAAGUACCUAACUUUUUUAUGAGAAUGAAUCAAAAACAGAAUGAAAACCUGAGGCUAUAGUUGGGUUUUAAUUUCAGUAUUUUAUAAAUGCUAGAAUAUUCCACAGGGUGAUGCGAACUUUGAGAAAAAAUACAAUUGGAUUGGUACACCCGGUAUACAAUGACAAUUUACCUGUCUAGCAACAAUAUUAUUACAGCGAUAUUGUUAAACAAUAAGGCUAUAAUAUAUUAAAAAUCACUUAAAUCUGACAAGAGGUUUAGGAAAUACGAGACAUCAAAAAUGGUCCAUUUUGUGGGUGGCCCGUUUUCUCUGACGCGCAGUGUAUAAAAAUAGAGAAAAAUCAACUAACGAAAGUUACCUGGGGUAGAGUAAUGUCCAUCAAAUAUAGAAACACCCUGCAGAUGAUUUUUGAGUAAAACGUGUGAAAUAUAAUUCGAAAAAUCGAAUUCACUGAUCUUCAAGUAAAGUGUGAUCUGUAAACUAUGUGCAAUAUUUUAAUACUUUUACUUUUUCAUUGUAACUAUUCACUUAUAUUUAUGAAUGUAUAUAUUUUGACAAUAUACUAUUACCAAUAUGAA